AUGGCGCUCUCGACGCGCUAUAUACUCGUGGAUAAGGAUGCUCCGGCGUUCUGGGACCCCGCCUCUGCCUCUGCCUUUAUUUGCAUCCUAACCGUUGGUAUCCUUGGUGCUGCCGCGGUUACGGUAAGACUUUAUGGGAAACUCAAGCUUACGGGCAACCUUGCUUGGGAUGACAUGUUCAUGCUUCUCGCCGGAAUAUCUUCCGUUUCAUACACUGUCAUGGCUCUACUCCAGGUCCGGUACGGUUUGGUCGUUCCAAUGCAGGAAAGGCCUUACGAGGUGCAAUUACGAUAUCAAACAAUCAAUUACACUGCUCGUGUUUUCUACCUUACCGGUCUGAUAAUGUCGAACGGCCGCCUCGAAACGAAGUGUCUAGUGAUGGCAACAUUUGCAUCUUGCUCCGCUGUCGGCAUCACCAGCAUCAUUGCACUGGCACUGGCAUUCCCUCAGGGCGCCGUUGAAGGUGUGACUUUACAAAUUGGCAUUCUACUACAAUUGAUGUAUGGAUUCAUUGCAAUAACUUCAACUUGCUUUGAUAUUAUCUGUUUCGCGUUACCAUUCCUUUUCCUGGAUAAUCGGUAUUUGAAUACAGUCCAGAGAAAUCAUCGAAGAGGGUGGAUGUACGUAACAUUCGCCACGACUUUUUCAUCUAUCAUGCGAACUUUUACCAUUGCACCCGCCACCUCCAUCUUCAGCACUGAAUCAGAGGCCCUUGUGAUUAUGGGUACUUUGGAGUUAAACAUGGGGAUUAUCAGCACGUCCCUUCCGUCUUGGUACAUGUGGAUGGACAUUUCCAGAAAAGGCAAACGAAAAUUCCGUGAUUACCAGCCUAUUAGAUCUCUCCGCAGGCUAUUUUUGCCUUUGGCCAACCCCCUUCAAAGAUGGGUCCGCCGAUCGUAUUACAACUUUAUCACAAAGAAUGAGGAUAAGAUGGGGAUGUCGAAAAUAUUGCGACAGCUUCAACAAAUCCAGGACUUACCGUACUACCAGAUGUUAUUCUGGAACGCCGAAGUGAACCCUAUAGAAAGAGCUAUGGGAAUACGAGCAAAGUUUUGGAAUAUAACUUCGAGGUUCCAGAGGUGGCUCCGAAUCACCGAGGCCGAUCUCUCGUACCGGUUUAGAACAUUCAUAAGGUUGAAUAAGUCUCCUUCUCUAUCUGAUGGAAUAGAGCUUGAUUCCACGGAAGAGAAUGAUAAACGGGAAAAGAGCAAAACUAAAGGUCGCUCAGAUUUGGAUAUCCCGGCCAACGAACAAUUCAAUGAAGGUCAAGACAUGGAACCCUUGCUCAAAGAGCAAAGAGAGUCCUUCCUCACUAAUCGCAACUACAAUAUUCUGUUCACUUCGGAUAAGACGCUGACUGAUAUGAUACGCGACGAAGAGCUUGAAUAUAUUGAAGGUAUUCAAUGGCAGGCAAUAAAUGAGGAACAAGUGGACUUCAAGAUGAGACAAAACUUAGCACCAACUCAAAAUCGCAAUCUUGACGGUUUACUUUUUGACGAGGGAAGUACGAGCGGCUGGGCUAAUGGAAAAACAGGAAAACAGCGUGGAAUACGUCGAAGAAAGUGA